GAGAAUGAUGGCAAUGGCAAUGCCAGGAUCAUUACCGUCCUAACAGAGCGCAUGAGCGGAUUUACUCGAAGACUUCGAGCAAUUCCCACGACGGUAAGAACCUUCGUUGAAGGGCCGUACGGCCAUUCACCUCUAUCAGGAAAUGAUGGCAAUUUCAUCUUCUUCUCAUCAGGAAUUGGCAUAACAGCCCACUUGGGUAGUAUCAAGCAGCUACUGGACGCUCGAGAUCAGGGGCCUACUAACACCGGGUAA